UCCUGUGGGUCUGCAGGCUUAGAGAGAAGAUGGCGGCUCUGGGAGAACCUGUACGGCUGGAACGGGAUAUUUGUAGAGCAAUUGAAUUGUUGGAAAAAUUACAGAGGAGUGGAGAGGUCCCACCGCAGAAACUCCAGGCUUUACAGAGAGUCCUGCAAAGUGAAUUCUGCAAUGCUGUGAGAGAAGUGUAUGAGCACGUCUAUGAGACCGUGGACAUCAGCAGCAGCCCGGAAGUGAGAGCAAAUGCAACUGCCAAGGCUACUGUUGCUGCAUUUGCUGCCAGUGAAGGACACUCCCAUCCUCGAGUAGUUGAGCUACCAAAAACAGAAGAGGGCCUCGGAUUCAAUAUCAUGGGAGGCAAAGAACAAAACUCUCCAAUCUAUAUAUCUCGAAUAAUUCCAGGUGGAAUUGCUGAUAGACAUGGAGGCCUCAAACGUGGAGAUCAACUCCUUUCUGUGAAUGGAGUGAGUGUUGAAGGAGAACAUCAUGAAAAAGCUGUAGAACUCCUGAAAGCAGCUCAAGGAAAGGUUAAGUUAGUGGUCCGGUACACACCCAAAGUUCUGGAAGAAAUGGAGUCACGAUUUGAAAAAAUGCGAUCCGCAAAACGCAGGCAACAGACCUAAUACAGCUCACACUUCAUAUCCCGGUGUCUUUUGCAGCUGGAGGUUUUACCUGUGACCUACCGAGGGCCGCAGUGCUAAUGAUUGUAAAAACAAACUUCCCUUGAGAUCCUUCUUACCAUUUUAUAAAUGCCUAUUUUAACAUUUAUUUAUGGUUCCAGAGAGGCAUACACUUUUCUGAUGAGAAAAAGUAAAAGGUGAUGAGGGCAGUUCUGUCCUGCAGUUUUUACAGGCCUUUUUCAAAUGCAGACUUUGUCAUAAAAUUGUUAUAGAUUUUUUAAAAUGCUUUUUAAUAUUAAAAUGUACUUUUACAUUCUUAAUCUUUUUUUAAGAAAAAAAUGUUUUCUUUAUUUGGCUACUUAUUUGAAAAUAACAGUUCUCCAAUUCUUUUUUCACUUACUCUAUUUUUUUUAAUCUGCAAAAUUUCUUUACAAUUUUCCAGUAAAUUAAACAGAAUUGUCUCAUCUAUAGCAAUUCAUUAGCUCGUCAGUGUUAAUAUCACCGCUGCAUUUUGUACUUUGAACACAUAUAGACUCAGUGGUAGAUCAACUUGGCACAGUGGAAGUUUUUGCUUUUAUUUAAGCAUAAUAUAUAAUAAAUAUUCAUUUAUACUGAUUUAUACACGUUUUUUAAACACUGAAACAAUCAUUGAUGAAAUAUGUAGUCUUAAUAUUUGAGCAGGAUGUAAUUUGAUUGCUAAUAUUACUGAUUACAUCCCUUUAUAGCCAAUAUAUAAAAUUGUAAAUGCAAACAGAUUUCUUUUGCAAAUUUUUUUAUGCUAUUAAUUUUUAUUUAAAUGUAUUUCUUUUAUUUUGUUCCUUCCAUUCCUAGAGAUGAGCUAGUUAGUUUGUGGUUGGAAAUGGCAGAAGCAAAGAAAAAAAAAGUAAUACAUUCUCAUUCUUACUGGUUCGUUCUUACUAGUUCAAUUUCAAGAAUUGAUUUUCAGUAGGAAGAAGAGAGAAGGAUAUAAUAUACAUAGUUAUGAUGUAGUGUAUUUGUAAGAAUCCAGCUGUGUCAAAAUAAAUAGGAACUAUACAUGUUAAAACGGCUGGAUUUAGAAAUACAGUCUUUGUUUACGGUCAAAUAUAGUGAUGGGAAAUUUAAGAGAUACUUUAUUGCAUUUGUCCACUGGAUGUCACUGUUUUACUAAACGGCAGCUAUUGGUGUAUGGUGAUGAAUGAGAUCUGAAAAGCCGAAAGUAAAGAAUGUGCUUUCAGUUACAGCUUAUAGGAAGAUUCUACUUUUUAAAAUAUUGCAAAUGAUGUGGAAAAAAAAGAGAUACAGGUUCUAAAUACAUGAGUGGUUGGGCAUCAUUAUUGACCUGUAAAAAAAAAAAAAGUGGGCGUUGUGUAACAUUCCUUCAGGAAGACUACAAAUGUAUACCUUUGUCUGCAUGUUUGUGAGCACUGUGAUUCCUACAGGAGUAUGCCAGGGUUCAGUGAUAUUUCAGAAUAAGUCAGAUCAGCAUUGUUAUUUAUCAUUUAGGUAUUGAACACUGGAUUGCAUGGUUGAAUGUGUCUUUAGUCCACUACAAAAUGCUUGUUAUUGAUAGGAUCAUGUUCUUAAAUUGUAUAUUUUCAAAACUGAUGUUUUUAAAAAUGUUGAGACCAAAGUAGUAUAGAAUAAUUAUGGACUUAAUUUAAUUGUAAAGUUAUUCAUUGUAGAACUUUAUAUAUUAAACAGAGGUAUUGGUGCAUAUGAAAACAAUAACAAUAUUGUUAUGCUCGUGUUCUUGCAUUGCAGGGUAAGUAAACCCUGAAGAAAUCUUAUUUUAAUGUAACUACAGCUGCAGUAGCUUUUAAGAAUGUAUCAACAUUUCAUUAUAAAUUACAGCUUCCUGGUUCGGUGUCUCAGCUGUUUUCAGAACUUCAGCCAAGUUAAAUCUUUUUUGGUGUUGAAACUUAGUAAGUUGAGUAAGCUAUUUUUUUUUUUCCUACAGUAAUCCACAAUCUGUUCUUUGUGCGGAUUGGCACUGUUUAUAUUUCCUAAAGUAAGGACAGUUUCAAGGAGCCAAAUACAGCAGUCUUGCUUGCUCCUGUUGAGCAUGAAUAGAAGUAGCUUGUUUUCAUUAAUGGAGUUUUCAUAAUGUCUCCCAGAAUUUUAAAUCUUGACCACAGAAAAUUCAAUCCUUCAGUGGCAAAAAGGUAGAGAGCAUUAGCCUAGCACAGAAAGGAAAUGAAGGGAAUUUUCAUCUUACAAAAGGAUGGUUCAGGAAGAAAACCUAGUAUACUAUAGGUAUUUGAUUUAUAAAUUACCCCCCUUUCCAAUUUCCAUCUGUUUUUUCUUGUUCUUUCACAAUGGUUGACUGAGUGGUUCCUGACUGGCUGCACAGGCGAGCACCUGCUGGGCUUCAGGAGUAUCUGUCACUGUCCAAUCAAACAGUGCUAACGAGUCAGAACCGCUUUUCCUCUUAAAAGCUUCUUUGAUGGUUCUGGUGGACAACCAGAGCUGAGAACCAGCAGUUCUCAGUUUAUAAGAUGAUCUAAGUACACUAGAUUAUGUCUGGAAGUAUCCGUGGAAUAAUUCAGCUUGCAGCUAUUUAAUGAUUGAUGACUUUCCUUAGGCAUUAGAUAGCUUGGCAUUCUUUUAUUUGGAAAGUAAUUACAUUCUACUCUUGUAAAAUUGUGAGUAGUUGAAAUGUAAACUUAAUAUGUCAUCUUUCUGCCCCAUUGCCUUUAAAGCUUAGAAAAAUAAGUGUUUAUUUGAAAAAGCAUGCUUAAACAUUGCAGAUGAGAAAUGUCAAUGGUAAUUAUUUUAUUAAUAAGGCCACUUAACCAUUAGCAUUAAACUAGAUUAUAGCGGCCUCGGUCUAUAGGUUUGGGUGCUUCAGAUGUGUUUUAUUAAAAAAAAAAAUUCUAAAUUUCUAAAAUUUUUCUGAUCAAGUAGUUUGGCCCCAAUACAGUGUUUACAAUUAAAAUGGAUAUUAUAGCACUUAAUAAUAAAAGAAAUGGUUAUGGCUUAACUGAAAAGAAUGUCAGCAUGGCUUGGUAUAGACUUAAAGAGUACAUAUUGUGCAUAUUUUAUAAUGUGGAAUGAUAAUUGAAAUAUCAAGGACUUUAGUAAUUGUAUUUCCUGAAUAAAUGUAUGUUUAUGAAUUUUCUAACGUA